AUGUGUAUUUCCUUGGUUUUUAUAAGCUCCUGCCUCUUCCUUAAUCCAAUUAUUAUUCCUUUUCGGCUUCUUAAGUCUGAUUCAGUCGUCACGACUCCUGGGGUCGUUUCUUCCGGUGUCACUUUGGCUACAGCAGCUGUAUCAGCUGUCACUCAGCUCGUCUCAUCGGCACUCACCUCCUCAAUAGAAAUCGAAAGGGAUCCGGCCAAACUCUGCUACUACUCUGGACUUUUUUACUGCUCUCGAUGUCUUUGGAAAGACAAACGUACCAUUCCCAGUCAUGUGUUCCUGCUCAACAGCCGAGAGCCAAAACCAGUAAGCCCUUUAUUAUUCAGACAAUCCUAG